AAUUUUUAAAAAAUAAUUCAAUCAUUUCACUUUUAAAAAUAAAUAAAUUGCUAAAAAAAUUAACUAAAACUAUUUAAAAAAUAUGUUUAAAUUGUUAUUUUUAAGUGCUAUUGUAGUGACUGUUAUUCUUGUAAAUACAGUAGAUAAAUGUGAAUCGGCACCCGUCGAUGAUGACCACCACCACCACCCGGAGCCACUGGACACGUGGGGCUGUCCUAUAACCAGCAAAUGUAAGUCUCACUGUCAGAGUCUGGGCUUUAAGGAUGGCAAGUGUGAAGGCGCCACACAUACAACCUGUCACUGUAUUGGAUAAACUAAUCAAUUCAACAAUAAUUUUAAUUAUUAUUCAUAAAUAAUAUAUAUAUAUAUAUAAAUUUGUAAAUUGUAUUUAUUUAUUUUUUUAUAAAUAAAAUAAAUAA